GAGGUGUUACUCUGCAGGGCCACCGCGAGCUGUGGCGUCAUGGGCGCGCCAUGGUAACGGUCACGUGACUUCGCAGCCGUUUCCAAGAUGGCCGCCGACAACCUACCUGGCGAGUUCGAUGUUGUGGUACUUGGGACGGGCCUGACCGAGUCCAUCAUCGCAGCCGCCUGCUCUCGCGUGGGACAGCGGGUCCUGCACGUUGACAGGAGAAGCUACUAUGCUGGAAAUUGGGCCAGUUUCACAUUUAAUGGGCUGCUGUCCUGGUUGGAGGAGUGCAAGCAGGGGGGGCAGAGCUCCGCAGAGGAGGCGACAGACUGGGGGGAGAGGCUGGAGGAGGGCGAGGAGGCCCUGGUGCUGAGCGUGGUGGACACGUCCAUCACCAACCUGGAAGUCUUCUGCUACGCCAGCGAGGAGCCCGAGGAGGAGGAGGAGAAGGAGGCGGAUGCGCUGAGACAAACCCCGGCACCUGUACAGGCUGAAGGCGAACAUGGUGCCCAGUCCAACAGCCCCACGUGCCCCCAGGAGGUGCCUGAGGGAGAUGCUCCACAAGAAGGUCAAGGCCAGACCGAUGGGCUCCUACAGGACGAUGCAGAAGAUGCACCUGGCAAGGAAGAGGAGGUUGCGAGCCCAGAGACUGGCCAGGCCGGAGAUGUUCAAGGAGAAGAGCCAUCUGCGAACCCAAGUCCCACGGAGGUGAAGAAGAUCAGCUACGCAAAAAUCGUGAAAGAGGGUCGGAGGUUCAACAUUGACCUGGUGUCGAAGCUCUUGUAUUCCCGCGGUUUGUUGGUGGACCUUCUCAUCAAGUCCAACGUCAGCAGAUAUGCCGAGUUCAAGAACGUCAGCCGCAUCCUGACCUACCGCGACGGCAAAUUGGAACAGGUUCCUUGCUCCCGGGCUGAUGUCUUUGGCAGUAAGCAGCUGACGAUGGUGGAGAAGAGGAUGCUCAUGAAGUUCCUCACCUUCUGCCUGGACUAUGAGGAGCACCCCGAGGAGUACUUGGAUUUCACGGAGAGAUCUUUCUGGGACUUCCUGCAGACGAAGAAGUUGACAGAGAACAUCCAGCACUUUCUGCUACACUCUAUCGCCAUGGUGCCCCCGGAGACGCGCACGGCCGAGGGGCUGCGCUCCACCCAGUACUUCCUGCGCUCCCUCGGUCGCUACAGCAACACGCCCUUCCUCUUCCCCAUCUACGGCCUUGGAGAAAUCCCACAGUGCUUCUGCAGGAUGUGUGCUGUCUUUGGGGGAAUCUACUGUCUUCGCCACUCGGUUUGCUGCCUGGUUCUGGACAAGGAGUCUGGCCGGUGCAAAGCUGUGAUAGAUACGUGCGGACAGCGAAUCAGCUGCAGCCACUUUGUGCUGGAGGAAGGAUACGUUCCAGAGGAGCGCAGGAAGGGCGUGGCUUGCAGACAGAUCUCCCGAGGAGUCCUCAUCACGGACCGAUCGCUGCUGCCGAGCGAAACCGAGCAGCAGCUCUCCCUGAUCACCGUGCCCCCACUGGAGCCGGGGGCCGCAACGGUCCGGAUAACCGAGCUCUGCUCCUCCACCAUGACCUGCAUGCCGGGCACCUACCUGGUGCAUCUCACCUGCCCCGCAUCUGGAUCAGCCCACGCUGACCUGGCUCCUGUUGUGUCCCGGCUGUUCACCGAAGCACCAGGAGACAUAGGCGCCGCCGAUGACGAGCGCCCGGCUGUCCUAUGGGCGCUCUACUUCAACAUGCGGGACUCCACGGUGCCAAGCGCGACCAGUUACAACCUGCCUGCCAAUGUGCACGUCUGCCCGGGCCCCGACGGCUCACUGGGCAACGACCACAGCAUCAGACUGGCAGAGGAGGUGUUUCACCGCAUCGUCCCGGGUGAGGAGUUCUGUCCCCCUGCCCCAAACCCGGAAGACAUUAUAUUUGAGGGGGUGGGGCCACAGGGGGAGGGGGCUGGGAUUGGAGAGCCCUCCCAAGGCGAGGAUGCUGCAGAGGCGGGACAGGGGGAUGGCGACGUGAAGACGGAGGCGGCCAAGGAUGAGAGUGUGGAGAACGCAGUGUUGGAAGAGGCUGCUGGACAGGAGACUGGUGCGGAGGGACAAGAGGCAGAGGCUCUGCCUUCAGUACCAGCCCCACCCACCGACGAGUGACUCCGCCCCUUCCCCACCGCCUCCACCUGUAGGAGGGGUCAGCUGUUAUAGCUCAGCUUUGGUAUAAUGACACCGAGCAGAUGACAGACUGACGGCACACGUCUCCAGUCUGCCCUUUUUUGCACGUUUAUUCACUCCUUAAGUUCUCGGUUAUGGCACAUAUGUACAGUGUGUCCUGGUUACGCUAAUCAUCUUAGGGGCUGCGGGUGGGGCUGCGGGUGGGGGGGGCUGUGGGUGGGCUGCCCGUGAUGCAGGAUGGCUGCCCGUGAUGCAGGAUGGCUGCGGUGAAGCUUGCCGCUUCCUGUGCAGCUCUCAAGGCGGUUUGCUGGCUUCAGGUUUCUCUUUCAGUUCCUCCUCAUCCUCUUUCUUCUAUCUGGGUCUGUGACGAAGGGGGGCUUCCCUGGACCUGCUCCUGUUUCCACUGUCCUCCAGCCCCAUGCCCCAGUUCUCCCAGGGCCCCCACUUUGGUGCUGGUUCCUCUCUGUGGCCCCCCGGCUCUCUGCCCACCUCUGUUUGCAUCACGCAUGCAGCACCCUGUUACGCUCUCUGUGUUUAAGGUGGCCCACAUUAAAAAUCUAAUGGAAGCAUUUUAACUGUCAUCACAAGCAUUUUAUGUACAGAAAUAAAUUGCCCAUAUUUUUA